AUGUUGGCGUAUGGAGCAUCUGCUGAUCAAGUGGAUGAGGUUGUUGGAAUGGGAAAGUCCACUACGUUGGAGGCUUUGGUAAGAUUUUGUUAUGCAGUUGAAAAUCUGUACACUAAGGACUACCUGUGUAGACCUACUCCCAGGGACCUCCAACGACUUCUACAAAAAGCCGAAACUCGAGAAUUUUCAGGAAUGAUUGGUAGCAUUGACUGCAUGCAUUGGCAAUGGAAGAAUUACCCAACUGCCUUGCAAGGUGAUUACAGAAAUAGAAAAGGCCAAAAAAGUAUCAUCCUGGAAGCCAUUGCUAGCUUCGACACAUGGGUUUGGCAUGCUUUCUUCGGAGUUGCCGGAGCCCAAAAUGACCUUAACGUCCUGGGUCAAUCUCCGGUCUUCAACGAUGUUUUGAGAGGCCAAGGCCCCAAUAUUACCUAUCAAGUCAACAAUACAGUCUACCAGACGAGGUAUUAUAUAGCUGAUGGUAUCUACCCAAGGUAG